AUGGACAAGAUCACCGACAAGGUCGCGGCCCUGCCGCCCGACGCCAGCUAUUUCUCUCUCGAGUUCUUCCCGCCCAAGACCGCCAUGGGCUUCUCGAACCUCCGAUAUCGCUUAGACCGCAUGUCGCGCGCCUUGAGGCCCCUGUUUGUUAAUGUCACCUGGGGCGCCGGUGGCUCGACUGCCCAAAAGUCGCUGGAGCUGGCAGAGAUAUGCCAGAGGGAGCUCGGCGUCACGACAUGUAUGCACUUGACGUGCACAAACAUGAGCAAGGACCUGAUCGAUAAUGCGCUGGCGGACGCAAAGGCGCUGGGAAUCCGCAACAUCUUGGCUCUCAGAGGUGACCCUCCCCGGCCGACCGAGUACAGAGCCGAGGGCGAGGAGGUCCAGGAGGGCGCUCAAGAAUUCACGUGGGCGAUUGAUCUCGUUCGGUACAUCAGGAAAAACCACGGCGACUACUUCUGCAUCGGUGUUGCAGCAUACCCCGAAGGCCACGCGGAGGAGAGCCACCCGCUGGGCCAGAGCCUUGAGCACGACUUGCCUUACCUGGUCGAGAAGACCAAGGCCGGGGCUGACUUCAUCAUGACGCAGCUAUUCUUCGACAUCGAGGCCUACAAGAAGUUCGAGACGACACUACGAGAGCACCCCAGUGGUGUGUUCAAGGACAUUUUGAUAAUACCCGGCCUCAUGCCGAUCCAAAACUAUCAGAUGAUCAAGCGGACGACCAAGCUCAGCCAUGCCAGGAUACCGGAUGCACUCAUGGCGCGUCUGGAUGAGGUCAAGAAAGACGAUGAGAAGGUCAAAUCGGUGGGCGUGGACAUCGUGAGCGAACUCGUUGAGCAGGUGAAAGAGUUCACUGGCAAGAAGGGCCCCAAGGGCAUCCACUUCUAUACGCUCAACCUGGAGAAGGCCGUCUCGUUCAUCGUGGAGAGGACAGGCCUGAUCCCUCCAUACACCCCGGAGACCGAAUCAGCCGUCGUGGAUGAUGCCACGUCCCUGGCCGUACCUGCGAUCCAAGUGAACGGCACUGGAUCAUCGGGCGCUGGUCAGGCCUCUUCUCGCACCCGCAAAUCAUCGAUGAACUCAGACCCGCGCAACAGGGUUAUCGUCUCCGGCCCCGCAUCACACCCGGACUACGAGGUGACGGCCCUCGAAGCCAGCGUGCCCGCAGAACCUGUUAACAGCAGGGCCAACACGUUGGCCAUUUCAGAGGGAGAGGGGGUGUUGGGCAGGGAGGCGACCUGGGAUGACUUUCCGAAUGGAAGGUGGGGUGACGCGAGGUCUCCUGCAUAUGGUGAGAUCGACGGCUAUGGCGUAAGCCUGCACAUGUCCGUAGCACAAGCGCUCAAGCACUGGGGCACGCCGACAACCAAAGACGACAUCAGCCAGCUGUUUGUGCGCCACCUCAAGGGAGAGCUGAGCGCUAUACCCUGGAGCGAGGAGGAGUUCAACGCCGAGACCGGCACCAUCACGGGGCAGCUUAUCAAGCUGAACUCGAAGGGCUGGUGGACGGUGGCUUCCCAACCUGCUGUCAACGGCCUCAAGUCCGAGGACCCCAUCUUUGGCUGGGGACCGCAGCACGGCUUCGUCUUCCAGAAGGCCUUUGUCGAGUUCUUCAUCAUGGACUCCGAGUGGGAGGUGCUCCGCGAGAGGCUAUCGCGGCCCGAGAUGAAGAACCACAUCUGCUUCUACGCGGCCAACGCCACGGGCGACUUCCAGUCUUCCGACUUUAGCGGCGGGCUCGACAAGGAGGUCAAGGAGGCGAGCACCAACGCCGUGACCUGGGGCGUGUUCCCGGCCAAGGAGAUCAUCACGCCCACCAUCAUCGAGGAGGUCAGCUUCCGGGCGUGGGCCGAGGAGGCCUUCGGCAUCUGGGGCGAGUGGGCCAAGGUGUACCCCAAGGGGUCGGAGAGCGACAGGCUCCUCGAGGGGAUCAAGUCGGGCUACUGGCUCGUGAACCUGAUCCACCACGACUUUGUCGAGAGCGAUGCGCUGUGGGAGCUGCUGUCGCAGUGA